GAAGAAGCGGGGCUGAGGCAUUGCUCCCGCAAGAACAGUCGAUCGGUAACUCAGCUUCAACCGUGCAUUCAGUAUCUUUACCUGCUUCUUUUCCUCUCAAUUCAGGAACUUAUAUGAAAGUUGCUUAUACUACCCACUUGGGAUAUCUCGAGAUCUCAAAGAGCAUGAACCCUUGACGCGUUUACUUCCACGCCGUACAUUUGCCAGCGCAACCAACAGACAUGGUAUUGUUAGCGCCCCUGAAAAGGCACAGUCCGGCCACCACAAACAAAGUCUCCAACGAAGACAGCAACAGCGAUCAACUUGUCUCAACAGUGACACGAAAAAGGGCGAAACAUACCCGAACUCGUCUUGGCUGCGCGACUUGCCGAUUUCGCCAUGUAAGAUGCGGCUUGGAACGGCCCUCCUGCCACAGAUGUGCUUCUACGGGAAGAGUCUGCGACUUCGUUGUAGACUCAAACAACGAACGGCGCAGUUCGGUCCUCGCAAAGAGCGCAUACAUAUCAAUCACACCCCGGCCCAACCCCAACGAUGCUAUCUAUCAACCAGCCCCGCAAACCGGCCGCUGGAUCAACUUUUAUCAAGGCCAUUCGGCUCCUGAGUUUGCUGGAUACUUUGACGUGGAGUUCUGGAGCACCACCAUCUUACAACUCAGCUACCGAGAACAGUGUGUCCAUCAAAUGCUUGUUGCCAUUGGUUCACUCCACGAGUCUUUGAAGUCUGGCUUGGUACAAAAUUCCGACUCGAAUGCCGUCAAUCUGUACAAGUACGCCGAAGCAGAAUACACAAUAGCUGUCAGCCUUCUCAAUACGCAUAUGACCCAUCGAGGGUGGUCAGCUCUCGAGAUUACCCUAGUGUGUUCUGUCCUCGGCAUAAUGUUCGAGUGGCUACGUGGAGGCUAUCAGGACGCUGUUCGACAUCUCACAAGUAGCUUUAAGAUCUUAUCAACGUGGCUAUCCCACAACGCCCCAUCAUCUACUACCAGUCUUGGGUCGCCAGGAGGACAUCUGAUUCGAAGUCAGAUAAAACCAAUCUUCCAUAUUCUGGUCUUGCAAUCAAGAAUGUUGCCCAUACCACCCAGCGUGCCACCCAAGGUAGUCCAAGCUCCGGAGCAAAUCAUACCCGAGUUUUCCAGCGUCGCCCACGCUCGAAAUGUUCAACUCGACCUCCUGACUUACGUUCUUCUGGUUCCGCCAAAAGUCGCAGGAUCCAAAGGGAGAACGCACCAGGUCGUGGCGGGACCAUUGCGUCAAUGGUCCGACAAAUUUGCGCUCUUCAUCUCACAACAGCCGCACUUGGCCGCCGAUCCAUGUGUCAAGAUACUAAAAGUAUGGCGCAUUAUCACAGAGAUGAUUACUUUAUCGCCUUUCUCUCCGGAGCCGGAUUCUUCACAUGGACUCAUUAUGCAGCUCUCUACCUUUUUGGAUAAUGUCGAGAGUCGGAAGAUAUCAGUUGACAUAGGAGCGGUCGCGAUCUUCUAUCACACCGCUGCAUAUUGCCGUCAUCCCGAAAUGCAUCGUCGAGCUAUUGCUUUAAUGAAGUCGGCAGGUGGGCCAUGGGGACAUCAUGUUGCUAUCAAAGCUCAACAAGAGUACGCUAGAUUAGAGGAUGAUGAUCCGAAACUUGGAUCCUUUUGAUCACCUGAUUCCCCAAACAAUAUCAAAAAUUCACCUCUGCCCAAUUCAUUUGAAUUGAAUAUAUUC